AUGGCUUCCAUCAGCGGGAAACGUGACCCAAACACGCUGUCCAACUACCACGAGUGGAAGACAAAACAUACCAUUGCCGACCUCGCCAUUGAUUUCAAGAAGCAAAGGCUUCAUGGCACCGUUACUCUGCAAUUGAAGUCCGCCACUGAGAAGCAAUCAGAGGAGAUCGUUCUGGAUACCAGCUUCCUAGAUAUCCAAGGUAUCAGCGUCAAUGGCACGAAGACCAAAGACUGGGUGCUGAAGGACCGCUCAGAACCUUAUGGUUCACCUCUGUCCAUCCGAGUCCCUGGGGGAGCCGCCAAGGACUCCAUUGUGUCUGUGGCUAUCAACCUCUCCACGACCGAGAAAUGCACCGCGUUGCAAUGGAUGACGCCUGCACAGACUUCAAACAAGAAGUUCCCCUAUAUGUUCUCACAGAGCCAGCCAAUUCACAACAGAUCGAUAUUCCCGUGUCAGGAUACCCCUGAUGUGAAGGGCACUUAUGAAUACCGCAUUCGUUCUCCGCUCCCAGUCCUUGCGAGUGGCUUGUCUAAAGGCAUUUCGGAUUUUGUUCAUGGGAAGGACGGUGAGCCUGGAACCUUGCUGUAUUCAUUUUACCAAGAGAUCCCCAUUCCAUCGUACCUCUUUAUUCUCGCAUCAGGAGAUAUUGCUACGGCCUCCAUCGGACCGCGAUCUCUUGUCUGUACGGGACCCGAAGAGUUGGUGGAUGCGAAAUGGGAGUUGGAAGCCGAUACAGAGAAAUUCAUUGAAGUUGGCGAGAAGCUGGUAUAUCCGUACCAGUGGACACAGUACAACAUCCUGAGCUUGCCGGCCAGUUUUCCUUUUGGGGGAAUGGAAGGCCCGACCACCCUUGUCUCCCCUACGAUUAUCAGUGGGGAUCGUGAGAAUGUCGAUGUGAUUGCUCACGAGUUGAGCCACAGUUGGAGUGGAAAUCUUGUUACCAAUGCAAGCUGGGAGCACUUUUGGCUGAACGAAGGCUGGACGACAUACCUUGAACGGAGAAUCAUAGCCGCUGUUCAUGGUGAGCCUCAUCGAGACUUCUCAGCCAUCAUCGGAUGGAAAGCUUUAGUCGAUGCCGUAGACCAUGUUGGACAUGAUCACGAGUUCACUAAACUCGUAAUGGAUCUAAAAGGCAAAGACCCUGAUGAUUCAUUCAGCACUGUUCCCUACGAGAAGGGUUUCCAUUUCCUCUACUACAUCGAAAAACUAGUUGGCAAAUCACAAUUUGAUCUCUUUAUCCCUCAUUACUUUACCAUCUGGCGGGAAAAGUCUCUUGAUUCUUACGAGUUCAAAGCCACACUUCUCGACUUCUUCUCCAAGAACGAAGAAGCUUCGAAGGCUCUCGAAUCCAUAGAUUGGGAUGCUUGGUUUUACAAACCUGGUCUACCACCCAAGCCCGAUUUUGAUACCAGUAUGGUUGAUGUAUGCUAUGCUUUGGCAAAGAAGUGGGAAUCUAAGGAUUACAAACCCAGCCCCAAAGAUAUUGAAGGCCUAACUGCCAACCAAGUUGUCGUCUUCCUGGAAGCCAUCCAACUCUUCGAGACGCCUCUCACACCCGCCCAAUCCCAGCUCCUGGGCUCUACCUACUCCCUCGUCGACACCCGGAAUGUCGAGCUCUCCUCGCGCUACUUCGAAAUCGGCCUAGCUGCCAAGGAUGAGAGUGUCUAUGGACCCACGGCGGAUCUGUUAGGUAAGGUCGGCAGAAUGAAGUUCGUGAGACCGUUGUAUCGGGCCUUGGUUGCUUGUAACAGGAAAUUGGCAGAGGAGACAUUUGAGAAGAAUAGAGAGUUCUAUCAUCCGAUUUGUAGGGGUAUGGUGGAGAAGGACUUGCAAGAAGGCAAAUAG